GCCCCCGUUGAUGCCGCACAGCUCGCCCAGCAGCAGCAGCAGCAGCGCCGCCCCCGACAUGGACAAGAACAGCGGGCCCCCCAGCUCCUCCUCUGCCUCUGGGGGCUGCAGCAGCAAAGGACAGCAGCCACCCCGCGCAACCUCGGCGGGGCCUGCCGGCGAGUCUAAACCCAAGAGCGAUGGAAAGAAUGCGAGUGGAUCCAAACGUUAUAACCGUAAACGUGAAACUUCCUAUCCUAAAAAUGAAAACUUUAACAACCAGUCCCGUCGCUCCAACGCACAGAAAAGCAAAACUUUUAAUAAGAUGCCUCCUCAAAGGGGCGGCGGCAGCAGCAAACUCUUUAGCUCUUUUUCUAAUGGUGGAAGACGAGAUGAGGUAGCAGAGGCUCAACGGGCAGAGUUCAGCCCUGCCCAAUUCUCUGGUCCUAAGAAGAUAAAUCUAAACCACUUACUAAAUUUCACUUUUGAACCCCGUGGCCAGACAGGUCACUUUGAAGGCAAUGGACAUGGCAACUGGGGGAAGAGGAACAAAUGGGGACAAAAACCUUUUAACAAGGAGCUCUUCUUACAGGCCAACUGCCAAUUUGUGGUGUCCGAAGACCAAGACUACACAGUGCACUUUGCUGACCCUGAUACGUUGGUCAACUGGGACUUUGUGGAACAAGUGCGCAUCUGUAGUCAUGAGGUGCCGUCCUGCCCAAUAUGCCUUUAUCCGCCAACUGCAGCCAAGAUCACACGCUGUGGGCAUAUUUUCUGCUGGGCGUGCAUUCUGCACUACCUUUCAUUGAGUGAGAAGACCUGGAGUAAAUGUCCCAUCUGUUAUAGCUCUGUUCACAAGAAGGAUCUCAAGAGUGUUGUUGCUACAGAGUCACGCCAAUACAUUGUUGGCGAUACCAUCACAAUGCAGCUCAUGAGAAGGGAGAAGGGUGUGCUAGUGGCUUUACCCAAAUCCAAAUGGAUGAAUGUAGAACAGCCUAUUCACCUUGGAGAUGACCAGCACAGCCAAUACUCCAAACUCCUGCUGGCCUCCAAGGAGCAGGUGCUACAGCGAGUGAUUUUGGAAGAGAAGGCAGCCCUGGAGCAGCAGCUGGCAGAGGAGAAACACUCUCCUGAGGCGUGCUUUGUGGAAGCCGCCCUCCAGGAGCUCAAGGCUCGAGAGGAAGCUCUAUCAGGAUUGGAUGAAGCCAAAGGUGGUCAGGUGACUGAUGUUGUGACUGCAGUAGAGGAGCUGGUCCUGAUAGCAGCACCCCUGGACAAAGAGCCCGACUCCCAGUGUAUACUGGAGUAUCUGUCUGCUUUUGAUGAAGAAAUUGUGGACCCUUGCCCUAGAGGACCUUCUCCUCUUCCCCCUCCCCACCUGGUAGAAGAGGAGCCAGUGACUGAGCUGGAGCCGAGGGUAGUAACAGAGGUAUAUGAGUCGGAGAUCUUGGAUGGAAAUGAUACAGAAGGGACCACUUGCAGCAAAACCAGCCAGCAGGAGCCCAAGGCCACACUCGGUACCAGAUCCUUGGGCAGCUCUCCUUGCUACUACUUCUAUCAAGCGGAAGACGGACAGUACAUGUUUCUGCAUCCCGUGAAUGUGCGCUGCCUCGUGAGGGAGUAUGGGAGCCUGGAGCAGAGCCCCGAGAAAAUCACCGCCACAGUGGUAGAGAUCGCUGGCUACUCUAUCUCAGAGGACGUGCGACAGCGGCAUCGCUACCUUUGCCAUCUGCCUCUCACCUGUGAAUUCAGCAUCUGUGAACUGGCUCUGCAGCCACCUGUCGUUUCCAAGGAAAUGGAAAUGUUUUCAGAUGACAUUGAGAAGAGGCGACGGCUUCGGCAGAAAAAGGCUCGGGAGGAGAGGCGAAGGGAGCGCCGGAUUGAGAUAGAAGAGAACAAGAGGCAGGGAAAAUAUCCCGAAGUCCACAUCGCUCUAGAGAAUCUGCAGCAGUUUCCCGCCUUUAAUGCCUGCUCCCCCGAUCCUGCUUUGGUUCUUGGCACCGAGGGCGUUGGUUCCUUCUCACAGUCUCCUCUUAGCAGAAGCCCAGGGUCCCAUGCAGACACUAUGUUGGCUUCUUUGUCACCCACUGAUGGUCAGGUCAACCCCUCAUUCUGCGUCGGGAGCCUGGAAGAAGAGUCUCCUUUUCCCUCCUUUGCCCAGAUGCUGAGAGUUGGAAAAGCAAAGGUAGAUAUGUGGUCCAAAACUGCCUCCAAGAAAGAUGAGAACACCCUCGCUCCUCCUGCCCCUGUGGACAGUGAUGGGGAAAGUGACAACUCAGACCGUGUACCUGUGCCCAGCUUCCAGAAUUCGUUCAGCCAAGCGAUUGAAGCAGCCUUCCUGAAACUGGACACCCCGGCCUCCUCAGACCUCCUCUCUGAAGAGAAGGGAGGAAAGAAAAGGAAGAAACAAAAGAAGAAGCUGCUGUUCAGCACCUCGGUGGUCCACACCAAGUGAUGCUUCUGGCCCCCAAGUCCUCUCCAUCUUGUGUUUUCUUUUUCCUUUGCUUUGUUUUGCUGCUAUAGUUUUUAAGGACUUGAGUUUGCACAGAUUAGCUCUGUUGGGGGGAGGGGGGGGUUUCCACAGAUCAAGGGGGAAACCAAAGGAACUAAUUUAAAUACAGUGUAUUUUCCAGCUUCCAAUAUUUACACCAGAAUAAAGUAUUGACACUCACAUGACAAACCUUCAGUCAAGGUUUCUAGUUUGUGCCAAUUCCAUCUUGUAUUGGCCCAUGUGCAGGUGAUCUUGACCAUUCUACCCUAGCUUCUGGCACCUGGGGAGGCCAAGCCCUCCCCGGGCAGCUCAAGAGCCAUCGGGGCACUUGCUGCAACGUGGGCUCGAAGGUACAGCUGUACUAAUCUGACACCCCCUUUCCUGUUGCGUAUCUCACAGGGUUCUAGAGGACACACUAAUCACAGUUCACAUCUUUUUCUUUUUUCUUUUCUUUUUUUUUUUUUUUUUAAAACAAGUUAAGUCUCUUCUACCUGUUCCGGAUUUUCUUUUUCUUUUUUAAAGAACAGAAGGGUGUGGGAGUAGAUUGGAUUUAGGACAUCCAGCUCAAAUUGCAAUUGUUUUUCUUCUGACCAGCAGAGAGCCUGGUAGUGCCAACUUCAGAGAGCUUUAGGUCUCCAAGUACAUACAUAGUUGGAUUUUGGACUUGCCUAGAGAGGAGAGACUCUCCCUUCAACCUCUCUAACUCCUCUCUACCUAAUGGCUCAGCAAGAAAAAGUUACUAACAAGUCUGGUUAGAAGCAACCACAUGCCUACCUCACAAUUGGGGUAGCAGGUAUUAAUGGGACAGGUCUGAGUGACACAAGCAGGGACGGCCAAGAAUUUGGCUAUUGGGAUGCAGGAGGAGGCAGCGCGAGUCACGCGGACUUGAUACUGAGCUGGGUUGAAAGCAGCAAUGCCCUGUCCACCGCCUCCCUCGAUUUCUGCAGCAGUCUCCUUGUGCACUGCUUGGGGUUUGGUUUGAAGCCGAGUUUCAGUGAUGUGGAUUUUUGUUGUUGUUGAAUAAAGUGACCUCUAGGUGUAACGUAAUGGCGAAGGCAAACAGUUGCAAUAAAUCAUAUGCACAAGA